UCGGUUUUUUUAGUAGAAAUGGAUAUGGCUUCUUCUAUAGCUUGAAAGAACGUAGCAAUUUUGUAAGUAAAGAACCCAACCAACAUUAGUAUCAACCCAUAUUCAGGAACAAGUAUUCUGCCAAACAUAUUCAAAAAGUAAAUCUGAUUGAUGAAACACAGUUAGUUGCAAUGAAAAGAUAUGAUAAUGGAGAAGAAAGAAAAGGCUUACACGUUCCAUCUAUUGACUAUCAUAACCAACACAGCCGGUACUAGUUACCGUGUCUGUCCAGCUGCCCCUCUAUGGCUCUAUCAGAUCAAUCCAGCCAAGAAAGAAAUGACAAAUGUGAGUGAGCCUUCUCAAGAGGUAACAGGUACUACAUAACUUCUCUGGCUCCAUCUGCCAUGGCAUCUAACCAAGCAUUCUCAUGUAAGCUAAUGAACCCAUCAAGCCAGCACCAAAACUGUUAACAGAAGUCCGGAUCAGAUGAUUUACAGUUAUCUUGAGAGGUUUUGAUGUUGUUUGCAGGAGAAAUACAAACCUUAGUGUUAUCUCUCUGGGGUGUAUGAAAUAUAAGCUGAGACUAAACCUACACCACCAAUUCCAACUGUGAGAAGCUUAUUUUUCAACUGCAAAAAAAAAGAAAAAAAAAACAAUCCAAAAAGAGUAAGAACCAAAGAGCUUAUUAUGAUGAUUAAAGAGUUUGAUGCAUAUCAAACAUGCCUUUCACGUGGAGGAGACUGAUGUAGGAAAGAUGUACUAGUUUUUCCUUUUUUAUAUUUUCCAUUUUUUUGAGUUUUUCCUUUUUUGUUUUCAAGUUUGGUUUUUUCCUAUUUUAUGGUUGAGAUCAUUCUCUAUAUAAGGAGAGGUUCUAGGCUCUUGUAAGACACAAAUUAUUCUAAUUGAGAGCUUUUAUCUAAUCUAGUGGAUUUCCAGAGUUUUCUAACUUGAAUUCGUUCUAGGUUUAGUGUUUGCUAAUCCUAAAGUUGUCCGACUGCGUCAGAAGCAGAGUAAAAACAAAGACUCAAAGAAAAAAAAUGGAAGCGAAAGUCAUUUCUUGCACCACUUUUGGAAACGACAAGGUCGUAAAGAUUGUUGUUUGGAGGCAUCGUUCAGUCGCCAACUACAAACCUGAAGAAAACGAAACUACCGUUGUUGUUGCCGAUGAUACUUGCUCCGAGAAAGAUGUUGAAGAGAUUGAGAAGACUUGUGAGAAGCUCGAUUAUGUUUACGAAGGAAGACUUCACGUAGAUUACGAUCAGACCAACAUUGGACCUGGUUUGGUCUGAAACUUAAAGAGUUAAUAGGUUAACUCUCUAUGUUUUACUUCACUUAGGUUUAAGUACUUUAAUUUCUUUUAUGCAUUUUGAUUUCUAUGUAAUGUUAUCUGUUGGUGGUUUGCAGCUACGAAUGAAUUUAUAUUACAUUUUCUUACAACACUGACUUUGACCUAUCAUUGGCCUU